CUCCAGAACCAAAAGUGUAAACGUAAGUGUAUAGUAGAUUGUCAUUGUUGUAAAGCCAACGUGUCAAACCCGAGAAAGAAGAAAAAAAAAGGGACGAAACGACUCGGGGACCUGAAGAAAUUGGAUUGAGGGCAACCGGAGUGUUGUUGCUUGCACAUGAUUACGAUUUCGCAGCAUGAUCGAUUGUUUCAAUUAUAUCAUUAUGCGUUACGGAAGAGUUUAGAAGGAGUAAGAACUCUGUAACUUUCGUCCUAAGUGUAUAUCUUGCCCUGAGGAUGGCAAUACGUUGUCCAGACAAUAGUUUUGUCACGAAAACGAGUGCGGAUGUUCCCACAGUUUCGCUUGCUUUCACAAAUCCUGUGAGACGGUCUACAAGUGAUACAAGCGUUGAUUUUAUUAUGCCUGUCGCUCAUCGCUUUCAUAUUUCCGUUUUCUUUCUUCCUUGCGCCUUCCCUCCCCGAAAUGUCAGCAAACACGUAUCAAAAACUUGCUACAAUCGUGGACACGCAUACUAUUGAUGAACUCGGGUUGGUGUUUGGAUUACCCGACGCGAACGAUCUCCCUCCAUACAGCCAGCAGUUUUACCCGUUAAUCUUUGUUGAAUCCAAGUUGGGACUUCCACUUCAGCAUUUACACGACCUUAUACGCGAAGCAGAUCAAGCGAUGCACGAAGCAAACGAUGCAAAAGCUGUAGAGCAGUCAAGUAGGAUCAUGAUUGCGUUAAAGCCCGAGAACUAUACAGCGAUGAAUAUUAGAAAACAGCUUGUUGAAUCAGGCAAAGUUACUUUAAAAGACGAGCUACAGUGGAUCAAUUUGGUUUUCACGGUGCAAAAGCAUUGCAAAAGUAACGUUGCAUGGCAUCACCGGCAGUGGCUUUUCAUGCGUCCAGGCGCAAAGAACGAAAUAGAUCUGGACCACGAACUGCAACUGUGCGCACGUACAGCAACCUUACAUCCUCGAAACUAUUAUGCAUGGAAUUAUCGUCGGUGGCUGUUGGAAUCUCACAUGACCACCCAAUUGCUUCGAGAAAGAGAGUAUAAGGAGACACAGAUAUGGGUCGAAAAAAAUGUGAGCGAUCAUUCCGGUGUUCAUCAUUUAGCGUGUGUUAUCAAAGCAAUAAGCCAGGACCCGUACUUUGACGGACAUAAGCACUUGAGCUGGAUCGACGGUCUUAUCACUCAGUUCCCGGGCCACGAAGCAUUGUGGAGUCACUUACGAUUCUGUUGUUCUACGUUCGCUGUGUCCACUUUAGGUCAUGAAGUUGUUGAAAUUGUCAUCCAGAAGACGGUUGCAAUAUCAGAGGAAGAAUCAGAGAAGAAACUACAGCUACAACUCGCACUUUGUUUUGGGAUAUGGCUAUGCAUUUGGGAGAAGCGACAUAGAUCCAAUAACAGCUUAUCAGCCGAAAGACAACAUAAGGCAUAUACAGCUCGAUUACAUGAGCUGACGCCAAUACCCAAAUAUAUUAAAGUAUAAAAUUCCAAUUUUUU